CAACAGCAAUUUCCCCUGCAACGCCUCGCGGACGAGAAGGUAGACUUCUGCAGCCGCCUACCUGAUCUGGUCGAAAUGUCCCUAGCCAUUCGCCAUUCGUCAUGGCACAACGCAGAAGUUGGAAUUGGCACAAUCCGCGGUGGACACCAGAACCCCGCAUUUCUCAUCCCGCCUCACCCCGGAGCCUACCCUCACGCUCACGCUGACCCUCCACCACAGUGACAUUGGGGGGUCGUGUCGUAUCUGAGCGAGCGAGCAAGUGCUGCUGUUGACGGACGGACGGAUUGACCUGCCUCUGCCCUGCCAGCCCUCACACUCAAGCCAGACGCAGAGCACAUGAGCGGCGUUCCUGGCAUCCCAGACUGGUGACGAGGUGGUAGAAAUCGUGGAAAGCUGCGGUCGGGGGGCGACGGAUUUUUCCAUCCAUCUGCUUGUCCUACAUGGCCACAACUACGAAGCAAAUCCACGUCUACUACGUCGUACCUCGUCUGGGGAGCGACAGCAGCUGUCACUUUUCAGUCCAUCCUCCUCCUCCCGCUUCCAACAAUCCAGGUGCGGCACUUCGAUUUCUGUCUUGUGCUAAGUGGCUACGCCGCCCGCAAGCUCUCCCAGCGCGGAACUGGCCACUUGCCCCGUCGGAUUGCUUUUUCCUCUUUUGUGCAAGUCUUUUGGUGGUCUUUUGUGGAGUACGAGUCCCGUUGUCCACAAUCACCACUGCUAAUGUGGGGUCUAGCGUCCUGGAUCUCCUGAUUUACAGAGGCCUGUCUUGCCAUGAUAAAAGGGGUGCGUUGCUGAAUCUCUUGUAUAUCAUAUUGGAGACGGACUGCCAUUGUCUGGCCUCGGGAAUGGUCCUUUAAUUUUGUCCUCUGUUACAAUUUCAGGAUCCUGUUGAAAUUCUCCAGAUUCAGCCGGUUAAACAAGCAUCUCUUCGUCCUACCAUGUAUUCUUCUACCGUCCCAAAUCCAUGGCUGCUGGGUCUCGGAAUAGCAUGCUUGCUUUCAACAGUGUCCAUGUUUGCGAUCAAUAAGCGCCCGAGAUCUUUGGUGCUCAAAAGAUUUCGCUUUGGUCGACGACGUGCUUCAGCUGCUUCGACACCACCACGUUCUAUCUCGCCAACCAAGGCCGUCAACAUCAAUGCGAAAGGACCCUUGUCGGCUAUCAGCCCCAUUCCAGACUAUAUUAAUACGUUUCCGCCUUCACGGCGGCAAGUACUUCGCCAACUCUCCAAAACUGCGUCAGCAUCAAAUCGAAAGAUUCUGAAUAGCUCUGAUCCUACUCCAGAAGUUUUGGCCAAGAACGCUCUUCCCAUGAAUCAGCCUUAUACCACGGAGAACGGAAAACCAAAAUACACACCUAUGGGAUUUUCCACUGAUGAGAUUCGGGCGAUGGGCGAUUUUCCAGACUACAGCAUUUUGACGGAAGUUCCGGACCCUAGACCAUAUAAGGAUUUUGACCCCGUCAGAGCACUUGCACGACCGUAUCGACCAUUUCGAUGGGCGUACCAUCAGACUAUGUGUAGGUGAAGUGGUCAGAUAUCCAUAUAUAUACGUUAACUAAUUCUUGAUAAGCUUUGACCAAGAUGGAGCCAGAUUGGUGGUUGGAGAUUGACAACACCUAUACUUCAGUCAUCAAGAAACGCCAACAACUGUUCAGGGACCAUGGUAACAAAGUUCUCGACUUCCUACCAGGAUCCGAGCUUGUUUGCAAGGAAUUAAUGGAGAUGUGUUUACGAUUUUACUGCGCCCGGUAUCCGAGCUACUUCUCAUUAUCGGCAGACAAUACCACCUUUCACAAUGCUCUCCUCAAAACCAAGACCGAAAUCAAGAGCAUGCAUCCCCUCCAUGUUCUUCUCAAUAAUGUCCCUGAGGAUUUCGCCAUUGUCUUGCGUAACGAGACUGAUGGGAUGUACUACAUGCGCGCUGGGGUUAUCUGCAGCUCACUUGGUUGGAACGUGAGUACCAAGAUUGGUCUUCAGCUUCGAGAAAUCCAUGCUCCGAUUCCAGAUUACAAGGAAAAGAUGCAAUUCAGUAUGGAUCGGUACUUUAGCAAAAUGCCAACGAACGCUCCCAUUCAACGUGGAAGUUGGGGUCUUGAAGUCGGCACGCCACUCUUUAUGCCACCAGGUGACCCCCACGAAACGCUUCGUGAGUCUCAGAGUCAGGACUUGAAGAUCGAGGAGUGCAAUUUGCGAGUUGAUUGGCAAACGUUGAGGAGGCUGCCAUUAAGUGGUGGGGUGGUUUUUAAUUUCACAGCUCUGUUCACUCCGGUGCAGGAAUUCAGAGACGAGCCUUAUAUACCAGCAUUAGUGUUGAAGAUCUUAAAGCAGGGUAAAAAGAGUUUGAUGGAGUACAAAAACACAUGGCACGUCGAACAUGUUGUCAUCCCAGAGUUGGAAAAGUACGCCAAGGAACAAGUAGAGAAUGGAAUGGUUCGGGGGGAGAAAGAGGGUGAAGAGUGGGAUGUUGCCACUUUGGAGGAGAACCCUUAUUUUCCUGGAUGGGAGGAGAAAUGGCAUCGCCAGCAAGGAUACUAGGAUUGAGAAUAUAAUCGUGGGUUAUUUGUUGGUUUAUGGGUUGUAGACUUCGGGCCGCAGCAUGUUCGACGACGCAUGGCUUAACCGAGUUUCAACCACGCC